AUGAAACUAAAGGUUGAUCUGAGUCAAUAUGUCAAAGAGAACAAGAAUAUAUCAAGAUUCACCAAUCACUCACGUGCUUUCUCAUUAGACUCAAGGAGCAAGAACUCGGCUACAAAGAUGAACCAGAGGUAUCAAAAUCGUUCGAAUGAUAAAAGCAAAACUAGCUCCCUUAACAGAGAUUUGGAAGGGUUUGAAAGGAAAGACGCAAGCAAUUCUCCCUUCAACAAUCAAUAUGAUGGUGUUAAAGUAGAGGCUAGGAAGAACAAUUCAGAUCUUAAGCGGAAAUCAAGAAGAACUAGAGAGCUCAAGGAAGAGCCUGAAGUUGGAAUCAACUCUAUCGGCUUGAACGGAAGUACUUCCAAAGAUGUAAAGAAUAAGUUACUCAAGCCAGCCAAGAUUCAGGUGAAAGACCUGAUUUCAAACCUCAACAGCAUCCAGGGUAUGUUCUCGAAGAAGUUCAAAAAGAGCAAAGUUUUCAAAGACAACAAGAAUCCUAUCAAAUACCAAUACUUUGGUAAAAAUAUGGGAGAUCUACCAGAGAGCAGAGAGGAGUGUUUGGCUCGAAGUCUUAUAGCAAGGCAGGAGAACUUGCUUCCUAAGAUACAGGCUGAAAAACCAGAAUUAAACUCAAACAACUGAAUGGCAUCUGGGUUUCUCACUAAGUUUAAAAGGAGUGAGAAGUUGACAGAAUCGAUUUUUGGAGAUAAGGUUAAUCUUAUUCAGACCCAAAAACUUCAAGAAAGCAAGCGAUUAGCAAGAAACCCAUACAGUUUUUAUAAGAAGAAGGAAAAGGAUGUAAUUGUUCUCCCUCAGUCUUCAAGUUUGGAGUACAAGACUCCUAUUAAUUUGAAAAAUUCAAAAAGUAACACCAAGAGGAUACGCAAAUAUUUGAGAGAAGAUCACCCUGCUAUAAGUUUGGAUGGCCAAAAUAUGAACCAAAGGCAAAAAAGCAAGCUGGUGAUCAACGACAAUAAUGAGCUUGUUAUUCAACAAGUAGACCAUAGUUUAGACAAAUUUGUUAAUAAAUCUAUUCAGGGAUUAUCGAAUAAAUUCCCUUGUACUUUUUCACAAAACCAGAGCUCUACCGAUCUAAAUCCUCACAAGGGCAUUGAGAAAGGGUUCAAGCCAAAAGAAAUAGAAGAUCAAAUGAAUAAGUCUGAAAUAGCUCAUAACUCUGCUCUCUUCUUGUCAAAAUACUUGAAAUCUAUCCACAAUAAUCCUAUCAAAAAGAGAAACAACGAUGCUCUAAAUAAGUCUUGAACCAACAAUCCAGAUUCCUCUUACUCAAUGUUGAACAGAUCUGUACCUAUGAAAGAGAGAUAUUUAGUAAAUAUGAACAGGGGAGAAUAUUCUUCACCUAUAAUGCUCGAGAAUCAGCAAUUCAAUCAUAAGGCUCGUAAAAGCAGCGGAUAUUCCAAUGUCUCAGGGAUCACAGGAGCUGUGCAUCCUCUCAAACCUAGUUACGAUUGGAUAAAAGAUAAGUACAAGUAAUGAAUAUUACAAAAGAAGGAUCUUUGAUAAAGACUUGCUGCAGGACUCUAUCCAAGUCCUCAAGGAUCAGAAAAACGAUAUGAAGUACUUCAGAAAUAAGUUGGAGAUUCAGCAUUACUUUCAGACAGUAAAAGAUCUCAAUAAACGAAGGAAGAAGUACAAUGAGCUGUUGUUGGUAUUCCAUCCAGACAAGAGACAAAAAGAUUGUGACCAAGAACUUUACAAUAAGAUGUUCCUCUUUCUACAGAGAGGAAAGAAGCAGUUUCUUAAGGAAUAUGUAAGCAAAGAGGAACAAGAAAGUAAAAACAAAAAUAAGCACAAAAAAUGAGUUUCAGGGACAACUCAAAUCUCUUCUUCAAACCCAGGAUCCUCAAAUCUCACGUCUAUUGGACAGAAAAAUCAGACUAAUCCAGAUUCUCUGAUUGAUGACGAAUAUCUCCACAAAGUCGAGGAAAGGUUACACGAGCGUAGGGGAGUUAUCAACAAGAUCGAGUAGCUCCAGCCAAGACAUUCUGGCCUGAAGAUUUAAGGUACAAGUGUGAAUAUUUUAUAAUGCAAAAGGCUCCAGGAUGCCUACUAAUUGAGUUUACAGAUGAUUAAUAAUACUAAAAAUAUAGAACACUCAAAAUCUAAGAGGAUUCAAUCAAGAAGGAUGCUAUAGAUUGUAUUGCAUGCAAAAUUAGUCGCCAUUCUAGAUCAUAUCCAUCAUAUUUAGAGCUUAUUUGAUGUCCUUCAAGGUUCAGGAUAUCAGCCAUCUGAUGUGCUGAUAGAUAAUAUUUUGAUCAUAUUGUUCA